UUAGUUUUAAUAGAUGACAACACUAGUGGAAUCCAUUUUCUGCGUUGUUGUGACAUUUUUGUUUUACUGUGAAGAAAAUUUUGUGAAUAAUUAUUUAGCUAUUCCUUCGGCCUUGAAAUUAUAGGAUUUUGUGAUGAAUGUUUUUAUAAACAUUGGGUAUUGAAAACUUAUUUUAUAUUCCAUCUGUGAAGAAAUCAACAAUGGGUUGAAUAAGUGAUCGCUAUCGGCAUACAUUCAUCAUUUUAGUUUCAUGGUUUUCUGUUUUCACAUUACGCCUAACAAUGGAACUGGAUGUAUCGCCAGCCGCUGAAAUGGAUAAUAACAUUGAUUACUCGGAUAAUUCUUCUGAUAGUAAAUACGCAACUUGUAAUAAUAACGAACAAUCUUACUCUGUCAUACGAAUUCCUGAAGAUGAAGGAAAGUCCACCAAACACUCGAGGAAACAAUCGAAGAGGCGAAAAAAGAGUUCGAACCAUUCCAGACCCCUUCCCAGGAUAAUUGUAAAGCCGCUACCUCCACCGCCACCUCCUGAAAAUCGGGAGUGGACAGCGGCGACAUCGUGCUCAGAGUCAAGUAGUAAACCGUCAACCAUGCGAGAAGUGCUAGCCAGUAUACCAGGGUUUUGCAUAAAACCAAGGAAAAGAAGUGGGAAAAAGCUAUCUACUGCAGCUCAGCUACAACAAACUAGAGAAGGGUGUAUUGAUUUAGAGACACCAGAUUCAAUUUUAGUUAAUACAAAUAUAAGAGCUUUAUUAAAUAAACACACAUUUUCACUCCUGCCACCUCUGUAUCAAUACAAACUUGGUCAAUUACUACCAAAUGUGGAUAGAUUGAGUCCAUCCGGACGACUAAAUUCUUCUAGUCUUAAUAAUGAAUUUUUUGCCAGAGCUUGCUUAGAAUGGCAAGACUGCCUCUCAGGUGGUGAAUUCACCCCUGAAAAUCAACAAAAAAUGAAGACUGAAGCAGAAAAAGAGAAAAGCAAGAUUGAUCCUUGGAAGUUGAAACACUUUGAACCAAUUUGGGGAGAAAAAUCACGUAGAGAGAAAUCUUCAAUAAACCUGAACUCCGAAAGACCAUCUUUGAAAACGACUAUAAAGUUAAGACCAACAGCAUCCAUCACAAGUAGUAGUACAGUUCCAAAAAUUAAGAAAAGUAAGUCAUCCAGCAAUAGCAAACGAAUGCGGUCUGUUGGUGCUGUUACAAGAUCUUCUGCUAAAGCUGAUGAGGUCCUGGAUGAAUCAGGUGUGGUCAAUAACAAGUCAUCAGCUCCUCUGCCAGACUUAUUGCCCAUUAAACAUGUCAAAAAUCAAGGCUAUGUGGAUUGCCAAGCUGAAUUUAGUUUCUCAGACUCAUCAUCAGUUCAGAGAAUGGAUGAUUCAGUUUCAACAACCCCAGUUGACCCUCUAUUGCUACCUGAUGGAGAAGCAGACCGCAAUGAGGUAAAACAAGAACUGGAUUUAACUGUAGUAACAAUAGAAGAAUCUAAUAUAUCUAAAGACUGUGAAGAAGAUAAAACAACAGAUUCAGAGAGCAAUUUCCCAGAAAGCUCUAAAAGGUUGAGUGAUGAUAAUGAUGAUUAUAUUGGUUGUGCAAAGAGAAUUAGAUAUGAGGAUGAUUUUGAAUUAGACAAUGCAAGAUUUGUGCCUCAUCCUGACAUUACUGACAACAUGGGCGGUCCUGACAGCAAUUGCUCUGAUGCUGACAUAAAUUAUGCAAAUGAUCAUCUCCAAACAAAAGAUGAACUUCAAUUAUAUCCCAGCCAAGACGCUGGUGACACCAACAGUGAAGACAGCAAAGCUACUGCAUCUGUCUAUGAUUAUGAUGAGCAGAGUGUAUCAUCUAUGUCAAGUUUAAAGAUUGAGGUCAAUAUGAACAUUGGUGUUAAUGAAACAACAUCAAAUACAGAGUCAUUAGCCAUUAAAGAUACUAUAAAAAUAGAAGAAAAUACUGAUAAAAAUGACAUUAAAAGUUCUCCUACUCAUGAAUUGCCAGAAGAGCUUGCACCAGACAAAGUUGCGGAUGCUAAGUCAAUAUCAAAAGAACCUGAUGUAUCAAAUCAGUACAAAAAACCUGUUGACAAAAGCUUUUCCUGUGAGAUAAUUGAAAUAAUCCAAGAAGGUCCUCAGACCUCACAAAGUACAUGCCAAGUAGAUGACAAAAAUGAGGUUUUAAAUUCAGAGAAAUCAGAAGAGAAUAGACCAAGUGAAAAUAUAAUACAAAGUUACUAUGAUGAGCAUUUUAAGGAUGCAGAGUCCUUUAUUUUAGAGACUGGAGGGAUGUCGAUAAUGCCUACUCAAGGGGAAGACAUUAAGUAUACUCCACACCCAAAUCUAAUGGAAUUAUCAUCAUAUAUGAGUGAAACUAAUGUGACUGCUGUAGUGACAAUGCCUAUGACUCAAAACAGCUCAAUACCUAUGAUGGAAGUUACUAACACAUCUAUUGUCUCAUACCCUGAUGACCACAUGCAGGACCCAGCAAAACCAAAAAACUCUUCAGUGCCAUGGAAAAAUGAAAAUGAUUGGUCAAACAAUGAAAAUGUGAUGUCGAUCCAUACAUUUUCUAAUGUGAACUCUGACAAUAGUAAAUAUGUGAGUGAAGACUCCAAAACUAGUAUGGAUGAUGUAAAUAUGAAUGAUGAAAAUUGUAUGUACAAGGAUGACAGGGAUGCAAACUUUAACAUGGAGUCAUCAAACUCAUCAGAAAGUUGUCAGUCCAUGAAAGAUGCUUCUAUAAAAUUAGAAAUAGAUCCAGCCCCCAGUUUGGUGUCUAGUUCCUCUGUCACGAAUACUUCUGUCAACUCGUCUACCAUGACUUUGAGUUCGAGACAGUCAGGAAAGAAAUCUAAGUCAGGAAAAGAGUCUACAAGAAGCCGCAGCUCAAACAAAGUGCCUCCCGGGGCAGUGAACUUAGAACGCAGCUAUCAAAUCUGCCAGGCUGUGAUCCAGAACAGCCCCAACAGGGACGCGCUGCGGGGCCAGCUGCGACCCCCGCCCGCUUUGCUCACCCGCGCCCCGCGCCCCACCCGUCCGCCACCGCCCCCGCCUCCGCCGCCCGUGCUACUGCGGCAGCUGCCGGUCUCUGUCAUGCCACACAACGAGAUGAACGAAAAUAGGCCGAACAAUGUAGGCCAGUACAUCUUAGUGCAAAGAACACCCAAUGUGGCGCCGAGAGCUUCGAGCGCUCCUCCUUCAAACCAGAAUUCCAAUGUUAGCGUGGCGCGUUGCCGUAGCGUGGGCGCAGACGAGGCUUGUGUCUGCAACCUCCGCGCCAUGAUCCUCUGCAAGAAGUGCGGCGCCUUCUGCCACGACGACUGCAUCGGCUCCGCGGAGCUCUGCCUCACCUGCCUCAUACGCUGACACCAGAGGCAGCUGAUUGCCACGCCCCUGCUGCCUGCCGCCUUCGACCAACGCCUCACUAGCGGAAAAUAAGCCUAUGAAGCUUCGAAUACAUAAUGCUGCUUUUACCAAUAGAGCUACGAAGAAAAAAGGCCUUUAAAAGUAACCUUGUUAGCGGAAAAUGAGGCGUAAGGACAUGGAGAAAAUAGUCUCUUGGAAUAAAAAUCUCUAACAAGUUACAUCAAUGUAACUAAAUGAAACAGACGCAUUUAGGCGCAGUUAAAUUGAUAACUUCCUCAUGCAAUACCACAAUUUAUUGUGAGCAAAUAACUUAAAUGUAAUAAAAUGUAUACAAGUUUGAUUACUGACCUGCUUAGUUUCUUUGGGCGUGUGAUCGCAUACAAUCCCAAGUGAAUGUAUUCUCGUCGGUUUUUCGCAGUGGCAAUACAGUGCGUGCAUAUUUGGAUUGGAUAUAGACUGGGACAAUGAUAAUGGGUUGUAAGGAAUGGUGGUGCUAUCUGUAUGAAUAACUCGAGAAAAAUACGCGUAUUUCUUUCGUUAUCGUCGAUAUAAGAACUAUAGUUCGCUUUACAUUGCUGUAAUAACUUUUAAGGAGUAUUUAUAAUGGUAACAUUUAAGUAUAAUGCUGUAUAUAUAAGUUAUUGUCGAGAUGUGAUUUAACAUUUGUUUUGAUUGAAUUUAUUGUGUUGAAGAGAGAGUUAAAGUAUAAAAUAUAGCUUUGCAACAAUAUGAAUGAGAUUUAGUAACAAGUCCCAAUAGGAUAACUUAUUUUGUAAUAGAUUAGAUAUUUGAUAAUUGUCACUUUUGAAAACACAAUCUAUAAGCUUUUAUGUCAAGUAACAAAUUGAUGGCAAUUAUCAAAAUGGUAGUGUUGAGACUGACCAUCAUUAAUUUUAUAUAGAUUUGUUACCCAUUUUCCAAUGUACCUCAAAAACGGAAAAUGCAAUGUGACCGCACUGCACAGACUAAUUUAUAAUAAAGCCAAUAUGUCAGUUUGCAAAACUUGAAUGAGUUUCUUUGAAAAUGUAUCUAUUUGAUACGAAAAAUUAACUAUAGAAUAACUUUGUUUAGUGUUGGGUCCAUUUGUGUUCUUUUUUUUAAGUCUUAAUGAUAGUUAGCACACUGAGAUUUGUUCUUGAUUUGAUUUUCUUGUGGCUACUUUAACUUUGAGUCGGAAUAUUUGUUCUAUUUAUUAUUUCAAAUGGCAAAUAGUUUUUUAUAGUUUUGUUAAGUACACGCGUGUAGUUUUAAGUGAUAAAUCAAAAUUGCCAUCAUAUUUUCAUCACAUUACUUUUAAGGUUAUUGUUAUUUUUAUAAGUAUUUUUAUGCACUUAAUAAGCUAGGUAUCCUAGUUUAGUUAACAUUUUUACUUUAAUGGGCAAACUCUAGUGGAAUAUAAGGCAUCUCGUCAUAAAAAAUAUUUAUGGCUGUUAGUAUAUAUAAACAGUUCUAAACUCACUAAAUAUUGAAAGGUAAAUUGAGAACUAAUGAUGUUGUAAGAAUACUUGGUUUGCUUCACAAUUAAGUUAUAUUUUCAUAAGUGUUACUUAACCUGCAAUAUAAAAUGUAUAUUGUUUCGCCAAGUAUUUGAUGAUUCAUGUUAUUUGAAUCUGUUAUAAUUACACAAAUAUUAGGAUAAUAAAUAAAACUUUUUCUUCUAUUUUGACACAGUUUUGAUACAUUUAUAUAUAAACUUUGAUAUUUUAUGAAAUAUUCAACAAUCCAAAACAAAUUAACACCUAUUGUGCAGCAAAUCUAUGCUUUCAAUUAAUUAAGUAUAAAGAAACCAAUAAAUGACCGAUUGAGAAUCUAUCAAGAAAAUUGUGUUUGAUGUUGAUUAAUUUGAGUAAUAUUAUUCACUUGAGUGCUCAUGCAGUGUAUUUUCCCAUCUAUUUAUGUUUAAGAGUAGGGUAUGUACAGAUAUUUAUGGACACGAGAAGGCUGAAGAAUGUAACAUCGGGUUUGAAAGUAAAUUAAUGGUGAUCAAGACACUUAAUAGUAUCUAGAAUAGGUAAACACUUGUUAUGACUAAGUUUUCAUUGUGGCGUGUGCACACAUGCGACACAAGUUAUGCAAUAUACAUAUUUAUAGUUGUCUAUGAUAUUUUUGUAAGAACCUUUUACAAAAUGAGAAAUAGCUUUUGCUAAUAUAAGACGCCAUUGUAAUAUUGGAUAUAAUCUCCUUCUGAUCUCUCAUUUUACGUAAAUCUGUAUCGCAUAAGGUCCUCCUAGCUCAUAUUGUAUGUAGUGUAUGUAUAUUACAAUAAAUUAUAAUGAAGAUAACUGAUUAUCAAAAAAUAACUGAUUAAUUUCAUAGUUAGGUAGUUGUAAUAAUACACAGUAAAAUCUGUUUCUAAGUGUGGCGAAUGAAUUUUAACUAUGUAUUGUGAAUAAAAGACGUAUGAGAUAAGAACUUUAUCAGAAUGUAAUGAAAUAGAAAAUAUUUCUCGUUAUGAUAAUAGUAAUUAUUUCAAUUUUCUUUAUUUCGAAAAGUCCAUCUUUGUACAGUGUGGGCUCCACACUGUCGCCGAACUCAGACAGAUGACGACGCGAAUACGCGAACAAUUCAUAGUUUGUAUGAAUGCUUUUAUUUACCACAAUGAAAAACCAGCAAUGUAUGACGAAUCCGCCAAAGUUUAGCGAAGUGGUACGCGAUGUGUGGAGCCGGCAGAACACUAAUCGCGACACUGGGUUGCACUGUCGCCUAGUUUACAUAGCAAUGCCUUACACGAUUGUUUACAGAAGCUAUAAUUACACAUAGAAUUAGGGUAAUAAAAUGAAUAACACAAAUUGCUCACUCGGUUUGAAUGACAAAUAUACAUCUAGAUCUAUGUAAUUAUAAUAUCACAACAAAUAUAAAUACUUGUUAUAGAGUAUUCUCAUGGCUGAAAUACUAGUUUAUUUACAUAGUUUCAAAUGGUUAUCCGAUGUAAGCUAUAGCUAAAUGUAAGGGUAUGUUUGAAUGGCCUAUAGGGCCAUGAAAUGUAUAUUUUCCUAUUCCUUAAUUUUCUAAAGAAAAACUAUAUGUUAACCAUCGGCCAUUGAAAUAUAUCUGCGCUUUAUGGAUAUUUAUUUAAAUAUCGGUGAUGUUCCCGCGCCACGAUUUGAUGCAGUUGCGGCGCUACAGUCGCUGGCAACAACAAUGUAACGGAUUAUUGAUAAUUCCACAUAUUACUGAGGGACUUCUUUGGUCGCGCGAACUCUUCUUAACUUAUAAUUUUCCUGUCAGUUUCUUUUUACUGAAUGUAUAACUUUUAGAAGAAAAUUAAUUAUUCAGUAUUGCAGCAGCUAGAUAUGUUCUGUGUUAGUAAUAAGGGAGCCGUGGCGCGCAGCAUAUCAUGCUACCAUUCUUCCUUGAUUGAUACUGAGUAGGAAGGCAUAAAUACCGACAACACCGACAUUUAAAGUAAAUAAGUUAAAUGUUACAGUGUAUCAUGGAAUCUAUAUUGGUAUAUAUGUAAUUACCAACGACUUCAUAGACUGCUCUUUUUGUGUUAAAUUUAUAAACGACGUUAUUGCGAAAUGUUGUGACCACCUAAACACAUAGAAGUUUUCGCGUAAUUGUUAUUUAUUGGUAAUUAGUUAUUUUAGGCACGUGAACAUUUUUCUCUAAUAAAAUUAUGUUCUAAUUGCA